UUGGCUCUGCUGAAUAGACCAGUAAACACCGAUCUGCUCUCUAAAACCGCUGGGGUUUGGAUGUUCAGAAGUAGCCCACUGAAACGGGCAGGGGGGAGUUGGAAGUUAGAGGAUCGAGUGCAGAGGAGCCUCAGUGCGGAGAACAGCCAACCUAAAUUAAGGUUACAAUUAUCCUACUAGACCCUGGAGGGAUGUGUCGAUACAGAAGGAAUUAAUGAAGGAGCAAAGCGAUUAAAAACAUUCGGGUCUUGUCUCAAGACAUGCUCGUCGUCUUUCUGAGCACGAUGUUAGAGGACAUUGUGCAGAAGUGAGAAACUGCGAAUCGAGAUGGACAGAGACCUGGAGAGCUAUGACAAAGCUGCCAUGCAUAGGCUAUAUCGUGAGGGAAGCGGGCUUUUGGAAGUGUGACGUCUAAAUGUAUCUUCAACAAACACAAAGCCCAACAUAGAUACCAACCUGAAAACAUUGGUUAUGAGAACUGGCACUAUAAAAGUCCCUUGGAAGGAGGUAAGAUGUUCAUGGAUCUGUGUGGCCAGUGGGGCGCAUGGACAGUCCUGCUGUUGUGGUGCGUAAACCUAUCGGCUGCUGACCUCACAUGCCCACAGAAAUGCACUUGUUACCAUGACACUUUGGAGGUCAACUGCUCCUCAAGACACCUGACGGGUGUGCCUGAGGGGUUACCAAGCAAUGCCAAACGCUUAGAUCUUUCAAUAAACCAGCUGAAAACACUGGCCAAGCGUCAGUUCUCCAGCCUUUCAAAGCUAGAGGACCUGGACCUAAGUGAGAACACAAUCUCUAUGAUUGAGGUGGAAACAUUUCAGGGGCUAAAGAACCUGCGAUACUUGAGAAUUAAGAACAACCGUCUCAAGAUCCUCCCGGUUGGGGUCUUCUCCGGCCUCUCCAACCUUCGACGUCUGGAUAUCAGUGAGAAUGAGAUCCUGGUUUUUCUGGAUUACACAUUCCGGGACAUGAUUAAUUUACAGCAGCUUGAUGCAGGAGAAAACGACCUGGUGUUUAUCUCGCAACGGGCAUUUGUUGGGCUUCAGGCAUUGAAGGAGUUGAACGUGGACCGCAGCAAUUUGACCUCUAUCCCCACCGAGGCUCUGUCGCAACUUCAGAGCUUGACCAAGCUGCGCCUGCGCAAGCUGACCAUAAGCGUGCUGCCUAACAAUGCUUUUCGCCGACUGCACCAGCUGCGCACCUUGCAGAUCCUCCACUGGCCUUCUCUCGAGACGUUAAAUAGCAACAGCUUGGUUGGUCUGAACCUUACCACCUUAAUUUUAAGCAACUGCAACCUCAGCGCCGUACCUUAUGCUGCGCUGCAUCCUCUCACCUACCUGCAGUACCUUGACUUGUCCUACAACCCCAUCACCUCCAUACAGGGUAACCUUCUUGUGGAGCUUCUGCGGCUCCAAGAGUUGCACUUGGUAGGUGGGAACCUGCUACGUAUUGAGUCGGGUGCCUUCAGGGGUCUGGUCCACUUUCGCCUGCUCAAUGUGUCUUCGAAUCGUCUGUCAACAUUGGAAGAAAGCGUCUUCCACUCCGUAGGGAACUUGCAGACACUGAGGCUGGACCGAAACCCAUUGGCUUGUGACUGCAGGCUACUCUGGGUCAUGCGACGUCGGCGACGGCUGGAUUUCGAUGGCCGCCAACCCACCUGUUCAGCUCCAAAUCAGCACAAGAAGGCAUUUCGUGAUUUUUCAGAGGCUGAUCUCACAGUUGUAUUUACUUGCAGACAAGCGCAGAUUCUGAACCGCCAGCAGCAGGAUGCGAGUGUGGUGGAGGGCAUGAGUGUACGGUUUGACUGCAAAGCAGACGGCUAUCCAUCGCCUUCUAUUACUUGGCUGUCAGCCCAGCAGACUGCACUUAGCUCUGUUGGGAGAGUACGAGUGCUUGCUAACGGGAGCUUGGAAGUCCGUUACAUCCAAGUACAGGACAGUGGAAUGUAUCUAUGUACUGCAUCUAAUGCAGCAGGUAAUGACAGCAUCUCCGUGAAUCUGAAAGUGGAGGGGCUUCCACAAAACCGCACAGCAUCGUAUUUCUCAGACGAGGGAUGGAUGGAAACUUCAUUACCUCCUUCUACCAACUCGUCUGCACGGGUGUCAAGUCCUUACCCCUUUGAUGCUAAAACCCUCAUCAUUGCUACCACCAUGGGAUUUCUUUCUUUCCUCAGCUCUGUGGCGAUCUGUUUUGUGUUUAUGUUCUUUUGGAGUCAGAGCAAAGGUCAGAUAAAACACACUGCCACUAUAGACUUUGUGCCAAGAUCAUCCAUGGGUGGAGGUGGAGAUGGUGGGGACACUGGAAGAUUCACAAUGAAGCUUAUUUAAGCUGGAAUAGAGAAUUCAUGGUCAUGGUUACAAUUAGUUGAGCCUUUAAAACUGUAAAUCUCAAAGUGGAGCAAUUGCUCAUACAUAAUGCAGAUUGCCAACACAGCAAGGUACAAAGCCUUAUAAUAACAUAACAAGUCUGAUCGACAACAAUGUAAAUAGGCAUAGUAAAUCAACUUUAAUAAAUAAUAAUAAUCUCAUUCAUAUUUUGCAAGCCUGAUUGACAUCAAUGUAAGUAGGUAACUUAACUCUUUAUAAUAAAACAUUUUAGUGGAGAAGUAAGGUAGCCACUAUAAUCUGUAAUAAAGUCUGUAAUAUUGCUGAGCAAUGCCACAGUCUGAAGACAAACAAUCAACAAAUAUGCUUAUAGUCUGACAGUAAUAAUUAAUUUUCAAAAAUUAAUAAUAAAUAAAUGUAAAAAGAAAAUAAAUAAUAUUUAUUUAAUAUUAACUAGUAUUAAUAGUAAAUUCUAUUUAAAAUGCAAUGCAUAAAUAUAAUAUAGUGUGUAAAGGAAUUAUUUAAAUAUUAUAAUAUUCCACUAUUAAAUAAUUAAAUAUCUGUUGGAUAUUAUUGUGGUGUGCUCUUGAUUUGGUGUGUUAUUGCUUGAUAUUUUUAGGCUCACGGCUCUUAGUAUAAUGAAUAAAAUCUCUUCCUUUGUGAGGGCUCUGGUACAGAUAGCCUUUAGAGAUAUUCAUUUCACUGCCAAAUUAAACCAGAGCAGGCCAUGCAUUUGACAACACCUACAAUGCAGUUUUAGAUUUUGUAACUUUUUGUUGCACAAAUAUAUAACCCAUAGAACUAUGUAUGUUGCUGUAGAAGUCUUAACAGACUAUAAACGCCUAUUGUAGUUUGUAGCAUUACAACACAAAAUAAGUAAACUAAUACGUUUUUUAAAAGUGAAGGAUUUUAAAUGGAUAAGUUAAUGACUGAAAUGCAUUACUGUAUUACAUAUUGUGUGUCAUAUUGUACAUUACAGCUGUUAUUCUUAUAGGUUGCAGUAAGAUUACAAACAUUCUGCAGGGUCAUUCAGAAAUGUCUUUUGUGACUCUUUUUUUUGUCUUUCAUUUUUUACCAACAUCAAGUGAUGUGGCUAUGCACAAAUGUCAUGACCACACAUGGUUAUUUGCUUUGCAAUUUAUGUAAUGUAUUUAAGUUAUUUUCCAAAUUUUGAUGUUUUUGUUAAUGCAUUUGUAAAUUAUCAUAUUUUGCAUUGGAUUAUUAAAGACUAUGCAAGUCUGCUUGUUCAGAAAGCCAUCUUGUCUUGCCAUCUUUACUCCAUAGUCUUCCAUUUUAAACCUCCUCAUUAAAAAUUCAAAUUCAUUUCUAGGUAAAAUUAAUUUGAGUCCUGAAAGUCUGAACAAUUUGCAGGGUUCAUUAAUACAGUUGACAGCUGUAAUUUUAAAUGACAUUAUGAUCAUACCUCUUUGUUACUCUGGUGUAUGCAGUAUAAAAUAGUCCAGAUGUAAGCUCCAUCUGUUUCAUCAAUGCAGCACCUAUAACCUUGAGUGGCUGCAGUUUUUCUUUAGCUCAUCUGAUCGUGGAGGAUAGAUGACAUGAGAUGUAAAGGUGGUGUCAGGAGAGAAGAAUCUGCAUAAUUAUCUGCAUCAGUCACUGUCUUGUUUGUUAAACAGAGAAAUAAUUCCCCUCUGCUGCCUCUCAUCUGAUUACCAACCAUUUAAGUUUGAUAUUACAGUGUUUAUGCCAUUUUUUUCAGUAUAAUAAUAAAGUGAAAUUGAUCUGUGA